AUGCUUGCCUUUGUGGCGAUAUUCACGAUUUUCCUUGGCGUCUUAUCCUUGUGGAUUUUAAAGCGAAUCAAGCAUUUCCGUUUACGGGACGAGUUGGGAUUGAGAGGUCCGCCGGUGAGCUAUUUGCACGGGAAUCUCGGCGAUAUUCUCGCGUACGUCAAAAAGAAUGGAGUCUCGAGAAGUCCAUGGUUUCGCAUUGAAAUGGCCAAAAAGUAUGGGGAAACGAUGGGAAUGUAUUUCGGUACUCUUUUCGAGAUCUCGAGCACGAAUCUCGACUUCGCCCGCGAGGUCAUGAUCACUCAGUUUCACAAUUUCACUGACAGAGAGGCUCCAACGAUUCACAAUGCUUACCCAAUGGAAAAUGGACUCUUGCAGAUCACCGGGAAAACGAAUAAAGGAUUUGGAUGGAAAGAUGUGCGCAGCAUUGUCAGUCCAGUGUUCACUUCCGGGAAAAUGAAAAAAAUGCAUCAAACGAUUUUGGAGCGAGUUGAUGCAUUUGUUGAUGAGUUGGACAGAAAAACGCGCAAUGGGAAAACGCAUAUGGAUAUUUAUGAUGAAUGGCAAGCUCUCACUCUGGACACAAUCGCGCGGGUGGCAUUCGGAGUGAAUUGCAAUUCGAUUCAAGAUCGAAACGAUGUUUUUUAUACGAAUUGUCAGGCGUUUUUUCAGUUGCUCGGAUUGGACAAGUCGUGGAUCACCGUUCCGCUUUCAUUUAUGUUCCCGGCAAUCGGUCCCUAUCUCCGUCCACUCUCCGAUUUGGCUCAAGUCGAGCGACCACUCGUACAAAAGUUGAAAGAAGCGAUUGCCAAAAGGAAGAAAAUGAUUGGAACGGCUGAGGCUGAAGAACGUCCAGAUCUCAUCCAAUUACUUCUAGAACAAGAUUUGGAAAGACAAAACACAGAGAAUAAACCCCCUCUCGGUGAUGAUGUCGUUCUCUCGAAUUGUCAUUCGUUUUUGUUGGCUGGUUACGAGACGACGAGCACCGCUUUGGCUUAUUGCACGUGGCUUUUAGCGAAACAUGGAGAUGUUCAAGAGAGAUUAUAUGAUGAAAUCAUUGAGACAUUCAGCAAUGAUCAGCCAAUCGACUACGAGAAAGCGAUGAAGUCGGAAUAUUUGGACUGUGUCUACAGGGAAACUCUCCGUUUAUACCCACCGGUUGUCCAUUUCACCGCAAGACAAUGCGUCAAUGACACUAUUGUGACGGGAAUCCGAAUCCCGAAGGGAGCCUACGUGUCAGUGCCGGUUCAAUGUGUUCACUGGAAAGAGGAGUACUGGCCAAACGCCAUGCAAUUCGAUCCCGAUCGUUUCUUUUCACCGGAAGCGAAAAAAUCGUUGGCUUGGAUGCCUUUUGGUGUUGGCCCUCGUCACUGUGUUGGGAUUCGUUUCGCAGAGAUGGAAUUCAAAACAGCCAUCAUUGCCGCCGUGAGACGAUUCCGAUUCUCAAUUGAUGAAAAGGAAAAGGGCGAUUUACCUAUCAGAAUCAACGCCGUUUUGAUGCGUCCAACCGAUGGAGUCAAGCUUUUCGUCGAAAAAAGACAA